AUGGAUAUAGAAAGAAAAGAAGACGAAAAGAAAGAAAAUGAUGCGGACAAAGAAAGGAAACAAAUUAGGCUGAAAGAAGGAAAGAAGAUUGAUACAGAAAGGAAAGAAAUUGGGCAGAAAGAAGGAAAGAAGAUUGACACAGAAAGGAAAGAAAUUGGACAGAAAGAAGGAAAGAAGAUGGAUACAGAAAGGAAGGAAAUUGGAAAGAGAGAAGGAAAAGAGAUAAAUUCAGAUAAGAAAGAGAUAAAGGAAGUAGAAAACGUUUGGUAUGCCAGAAAGCCGACCCAACCAGCACGGCCAUAUAAUAAGAAGUUGAAAUCAAUAACCCAACAGUCAGUAGUAAAUGCAAAAGGGGACGCAGAGAAAACACAACCAACCAAUGUGGACAAAAGGAGAAAUGAAGAGGACAUAGACGACCAGCAAGACAUCAACAACAACGACAGAGGACAAUCACCUGAGGACAAGGAUGUGGAUAUUGCAAAGGACGACGACUCUAGAUCUGUAUCAGUUCGACUUAUCACCGACGAGGACAUGGAAAAGAAAGCCAAAUCUGACAGACAAGACAUGAAGAAGACUAUUAUCACCAUUACACCACAACUCCUGCCGGCAGGAACAUUAUUUCUAGAGGAACUCCUAGUUGAGGCGAAGUACUACCAGCUGGCUGGAUUGGAAAAUCUGUGUGAAAGAAAGAUUCAGGAAAGUAACUAUUAA